CACAAGCAGCAGCAGCUACUGCUGUAGAGUGUAAACUGUAAACCGAGUUGUGUCCGUACGACGCGCGACGGGUGCCCGGGAAAGGAAGCAGCGUUUAUCGAAGCCAACUGCGUAGCGUCCUAGGUGUCUGCUCGUGAACGGCAGCAGCGUUCAUCGGAGUCAACUGCGUAACGUCCCAGGUGUUUGCUCGUGGUGGCCAGCAGUCCAUAGUCGGUUUUCAAUGCUCAGUAUUUCUGCUUCCGUCAUCCGUCAUCCGUAAUCCCACGUUUAUAGGAUGCGCUUUUGCCGCUCAUUCUCGCGUCUCUCUACUUGUCUACUUUGCCCUACGCAAAGCAAUACUACAAAUACUACCAUACACGGCAACGCCUUCCAGAAACUGUGUUUCGUCUCCAAGUAUUCACAAAAUGGGCAAUGAUUCGCCAGACUAUUACAGAUUAUUGACGAUUUUCCUCUCCGCAGAUGUCCUGAGUCAAGGAAUUCAACAGAAAGGAAGACAACUAGGUGAAUACAUGAUUCGUCUCGUGAUCUCAACCAGAAAAUAAUUUACAUUUUACCUUAUAGGAUUUUCAAGCAAAAAUUCUGAGCAUUCCUCCAUUAAGACUUGAAAAUACAUCACAACUGUAUGUGCAUCUUCCUAUUAUAAUAGUAUGACAUACCAAAUUUGUGUUCAGCCGUUUCAAUUUUGUGUAGUAACCUUUAAUAUAAUAGAGUAAAUUGAUCUAUUAUCAAACUUUAAGGUGAUAUUAACAAAAUAAACAUGAAGUCGGUUGAAUCAAUGAGAUCAAUGGUGGAUUCCUUUACUAGUUAUGAACCAUAUGUACUGUUAGAAAAAAUUCCGAUUCCUAUACGGAUGGAAAAUGAACAGAACAAAACAAAUGGAGUACUUAAACGAAUGAAAUUAGAAACUGAAGAAACAGAUGAGUUUACUAAUGAAGAACCUAACCGAAAGAAUUUAAAAACUGAAGAUACUGAGUUGGAAAUCCCAAAGUUGAUACUGUCAAAAAAUGGGGAUACAUUUAAAUCGAAACUUAAAUAUUCAAAACUACAGCCAUUAGAAAAUUCUCAUCUCAACACACUACCUGAUGGAUUGAACACAAAAAAUGAUGUUGGGCCUUUAAAUAAUCAAAACUAUAUAAUAAUAAACCAUGAUAAGAAAGAAAAAACCAAAGACUUCAAGGAUUCAGUAAAACAGAGUAGCUCAUUAAUUGGUAAAAUCAAAGUACGUAAUGUAAAUACAAUAAAUGCCAAAUUUACUAAAAUGAACUAUUUUGGUACAGAAAAAUCAGAUGUUUCACAAACUAAUUCAACUUUUGUUUUUCCAUCACUGGGGACUAAGAAACUUACAAUGCUUUGUUUUGAAAAAUUACAUAAAAAAUAUUUCAAUAAAAAUGUACAAGAUACUUUGGUUAUUAAUAACAACAUAAUAUUUAUGAACAUGUUAACCAAUAUGCAUUGUAUAUCACGAGUAAACUUGAUAUUAAGUUGGAAAGACAAACAUGUUAUGGCUCAGAAUGUUCAUAAGCUAGCAGUUCUGUACAUAAAUUAUUUUGAAAAACUUGACAAAAUGCUACUAACAAAUAUUAUUGAUUUAACAUCUAUUUUUGACGAUUCUGACUUUGAACAUGGGUUUUUAAUGAUUAUUUUAAGCUUAUUCGUUGGUCUUAAGAUGUUAGGUAAUAAUAUAUUUCAGAAAAGUAAUGUUUUAUUGACAAAACUUAAAAAAUUACAAUGGGAAGUUACAAAAGAAAAAAAUGCUGAUCAUAAUAAAAUCCAAAAAAUUUUGGAAUCCGAUACAUUUUGUACGUGCUAUUAUAAAAUAUCAGAAUUAAUCGGAGAAGGCUCUCAUACAGAUCCCAAUAUAAUUGAGUGUUGGAAGUUGUUGUUUAUACCGGCAGUACUUAAAAUUACUUCUUUUGAUUCAGUAACUGAUGCUAUUGUAAAUGCUACAGAUGUCGAUAAAUUAGAAGGGUUGUUAGAAGAGGCAUCAAAUAAAGUACGUCAAAAUUCUUAUUCAUUAAGUGAUACUAAACUUGAAAAUUUAAUCGCAUUGGUGAACAAAUAUACGAAAAAAAAUAUAAAUGGUAGUCAUGGAAUGGUCCAACCAAGUACCAGUGGAUUUACUACAGUUGAAAAUACUAGAUCAAUGUCAAUUCAAGAUAUAAAUACUUCCAAUAUUAAUCAUUCAAAAUCUGCAAGAAAUAUAAAACCAAAUACGGCAAGGCCCAACUACAAGUUAAAAAUGUGUGGUGCUAAAAAUACUUCAACUCUUGUUCCUGAAAAAUCUAAAGACUGGUUCAAAAAACCCGUUCCUGUUCAACGUCAAAAUACCUCUACUCGUAAAAAAAAUUCAGUAUCCCAAGAAUUGAAAGUGUGUUAUGAAGAUUAUUCUAAUACACAUUUAACAAACAUACCUGUAUUGUCAAUAGCUGACCGUGUGAAAUUGCGUAAAACGAGAAACACUUUAGCUGCUGUGUCCAAAACAUCUGAAGAUUCAAGCAAAAAACUUAGAUCAAUAAAAAGUGAAUUUAUGUAUACUCCUAGUGUUGAUUGCACAAGAAUUACAAGAUCUUCAAAACUAAAUACAAACUGUGAUGGCCCUUCAAAAAAGCGUUUAAAAAAAAUAUCAAAACAUGAAGCUGAAAAAACCACAACUGCAGUGCCAUCAAAAUAUGACUUGUUAAAAAUACCCUUCUCAAUUAAAAAUGAAAAUUCAUCUAUCCCACAGAUAUUCUAUAACUCAGAACAAAAUAGGUUUGAUAAGAACUCUCCACUUCAUACAAAUAUAUCUACAACAGCAAUACUUAAACAUGGAGAAGAUUGUCAAGUUAGAAAUUGUUCUACUAAAUUUUCAACAAAUAUAUGUAUACACAAAAAAGUAAACUCUACUGUUAUAACUGCCAACGUACAACAUGGAUUAAAUGGAAAUCAAAUGAUCACAAUGCCAAAAGAACUAUCCGUUCAAAAUAUUUCCAAGAGCACAAGUAACCAUAAUAACGGAUUCAAAAAUGCCAAGUAACUAUUGCAGAUGGCUCAGAAAUUAUUCUGAUUGUUACUGGAAAAUCUAUCAGGUUUAUUACUGUAUAUUUUAUUACUUUAAAUAUUAUUUUAUAUUGGUGUAAACACUAUAUAUUUUGCUUUAAGUUAAAUUGUUAUGUAACUUACAUAAAUUAUUGUAAACUGGAUGGAUGUAUUGUACAGGCUGCUAUAGUUCCGUAUGCAGUCUACCUGUAAAUGUUGCCACAUUGGUACUUAGUACCUAUUGCUAUAUAAACAAUUGUUCUGAUUUAAUUUAUAUAAAUGAAAAUCAGGUAAUAGUUACUAAGAACAGAUACUUAAUUUGUAUUAAUUUUAUUAGGUUGUUUGUAAAAAAAACUAAGUUUAUGAAAUGCAUAUUUUGAGAAUUUUAUCCUUCAACUAUUGGCCAGUAGAUAAAAGGGUCGUUGGACACUGGGCCCUUAAUUAGUAUGUACAAUUUUUAAAUAAGUUGAUACUUUAAUUACUUUACAUAUUACUACCAUAACAGCAACAAUACAUCUCAUUUUUGUUUCUUUUCAGGAGAAACAAUAAACUAAAUUAAUUGGUAAUUAAUAUUUAAUUGACCAGUUUCAAGAUACACACUGUUAAUUUAAGUACCAAGUCUUAUAUCAAUUGUUUUAACUAAAUAUUAAUAAAAUAGUAUUAUGUACUGAAUAAGCCAAUUAUGUGCGUUUACGAAGUAUAAAGACCCAGUCUAAAAUCAUGCUCAACUAUAGUAACUAUUUUAUUUUCCAAUGAAAACUCUAUACAAACAGAAAAAAAUUGGCUUUGAAGUACUCAUCCUUGGUUAUAAGAUUACCUAUGUACCAAAUUUCAAAACCACAAGAGCAUAGACUUUGCUAUGGAUCUCUCACACAUGCACACACAUACACAAUAAUUUAUUUUUAUUAAUAUACAUUUAAGUAACUAAAAAGUAUUAUAGAAAU